UUUGACACUGAACGUGAAAACAAACAAAGUUAUAUCAUUAGUUGAGCUGUUACUUUUGCCGCCGAGUGACCGAUGAUGACUCAGAAAAGCGAUUAUGAAAAAAGUGUUAGCGCGUAAAACAAGUUUCGUGUCGUGUCUCAACAACCGGAAAACGCUUCUACACCGGCAGCAUAAUCAUCAACACCAAAACCUCUUUUUAUUAUUACAACAUCUCUUGCCUUUAACUAAGUUAGGUUAUGAAUUCUGAUAAAUAAAGGGAUGGUAACGACGGUGAGGGAAUAUAGGAAUCUUAAUUAUUAAACAAAAAAAAUUAAACGGUGGAAAUUGAAUAUUGAUUCCUAAAAAUAGUAAUAGAAAAAAGAAAUGGGUAAAAAGCAAUCUUUACGGAGCAAAGCAGUUCACCUUGUUUCGGAUCUCACCACUGUUCUUCUCAACCCUAUUUCUGACCAUAACAAACCCUCUCUUCCUCCUUCCAUAGAAGAAAAAGUGGAUCAUGAUGAAUUAAAGGAAAGUGAAUCAGAGAUUGAAGGACCUGAUACGUCGUCGUUUACUGCAUUCCUAUAUUCAUUUUUGUCGUCCUCGUCGGAUUCUGGAUAUAAUAAUGCAAAUGAUGGUAUGAUUGUGACUGCUGCCGGAGCUGACCAUAUGAAUGAGCAAUUGGUUAAGAAGGGAUUGUUAUCUAGGGGUAAACAAUCACUUAAAGCUAUUUAUCUAUCUGCUAGAACGGGUGGAUUUCCAACACAAGAUCAUGAAAGGGAUAAAUUUGAGUCUGAUGGGUGUGGUCUGGAGAUGAAAUGUAUUCAACCGUCUUUGAAAGAGGUUCCUAGUGUGCCUUUGGUUGUUGAUCAUUUGCCGGAAUUAUCGGAACCUUCAAUGUUGAUUUCGAAUAGUUUGAGGAAUGUGGUUUAUGAUGCACUUCCGGCUUUAAUUCAUGGGAAGAAAUGGUUAAUGAUGUACAGCACAUGGAAACAUGGAAUAUCACUUUCAACUCUUUACCGAAGAAGCAUGCUUUGGCCUGGACCUAGUUUGCUGGUUGUUGGAGACCGAAAAGGAGCAGUGUUUGGUGGCUUGGUUGAAGCACCCCUUCGACCAUCCAACAAGAGAAAAUACCAGGGAACAAACAGUACAUUUGUUUUCACAAACAUCUCUGGUCAUCCCGUUGUAUAUCGCCCAACAGGAGUAAACCGUUACUUCACACUUUGCACCACUGACUUUCUAGCGAUUGGUGGCGGAGGUCAUUUUGCGCUUUAUUUGGAGGGUGAUCUAUUGAAUGGGUCAAGUUCCGUUUCCGAAACUUAUGGCAAUCCUUGCUUAGCACAUUCUCCAGAAUUUCAAGUGAAGGAAGUAGAGUUGUGGGGCUUUGUAUUUCCUUCAAAACAUGAGGAGAUACUAAAAUUGAGCAGAACAGAGGCACCUGGGAUCUCUCGCUGGUAAAUAUCUGACUAUGUAUCAGAUGUUAGUCAAAGCCUUGCAGUUCACAUUUCACUGAAUGAUCAUGCUGAGUCAUAAGCAUGGCAAUUUCUGCUAGCAAGGGAUGCAAAGUUGAUUGACAAUAUGAUGCAGAAAUUGCAUGAAUCCACCCAUGUUAUCACCAUGUACAUGCUUGUAAAUAUUUGCAGGGCUGUGCUGUAUAUACAGAACAGAGUUCAUACCCAUUACAAAAUGGUCUAUUUUGUUUAGAAUAAAAAUUGGAGUAAAUUUAUGCGUUUGCUUACUCAAAGGAAAAUGAAGGAUAACCACGUCAUUUUGUGACUCGUUUAUAUAUAUUUCAGUAAA